UUAACAUUUAAAAUUGGAUUCCAUUUGCUUCCGCCUCUUCACUUUCACCACCAUGGCAAAAGACACCCAAAUUCAUGUGAAGAAGGAACUACUCGACCCGAAUUUCGCGCCCAAACCCUACUCCGCCCCGGCCAGUACCCGACCCUCUGCCUUUAUCGACCUCUCCAGCUCCGACUCCGACUCCGACGACGACGAUAAUGCGAGGAAGAAGAGGAGAAUGGCGGAGAGCGCUGUGCUGCCGGUGGGGUUUCUGGAUCCGCUGCCGCAGCCGUCGACCGAGCAGCUUCCUCUAGCGCUUCCGUCUACCGCCGCGCCGGCGCACGCUGUUUCUGCUGCGCCGAUUGCGAAGCAGUUUUGGAAGGCGGGGGAUUAUGAGGACGCGCCGUCUGGUGACUGGGGUUAUUCUAAUGGUGGCAUGGACCAUGUCAGAGUGCAUCCGAGAUUCUUACAUUCCAAUGCUACCAGUCAUAAAUGGGCUCUUGGAGCUUUUGCAGAACUCAUGGAUAAUUCAUUGGAUGAGGUCUGCAAUGGAGCGACAUAUGUUAACAUAGACAUGGUGAAAAGUAAGAAAGAUGGUGGCAAAAUGUUGCUGAUUGAAGAUAACGGUGGUGGAAUGGAUCCGGAGAAAAUGCGUCACUGUGUAUCUCUAGGUUAUUCUGCAAAGAGCAAAAUGGCAGAUACUAUUGGGCAGUAUGGAAAUGGUUUUAAGACUAGCACAAUGAGACUUGGUGCUGAUGUCAUUGUUUUUUCUCGAUGCCGUGGGAAAAAUGGGCUAAGGUCAACACAAAGCAUUGGAUUGCUGUCCUAUACAUUUCUGCGGAGCACUGGGAAGGAAGAUAUUGUGGUUCCCAUGCUUGACUAUGAAAGAAGUGGACAAGAUUGGAUCAAGAUAAUUCGAUCAUCAGUCUAUGACUGGGAUCGAAAUGUUGAAACAAUACUGCAGUGGUCUCCAUUUUCAAGUGAAGAUGAACUUCUUCGGCAGUUCAAUCAAAUACAAGAUCAGGGUACUCGUAUAAUAAUAUACAAUAUUUGGGAGGAUGAUGAGGGACUGCUGGAAUUGGAUUUUGACACAGAUCCACAUGACAUCCAAAUCAGAGGUGUCAACAGAGAUGAGAAGAACAUUGACAUGGCAAAGAAAUAUCCUAACUCAAAGCAUUUUCUAACAUAUCGUCAUUCAUUAAAGAGUUAUGCAGCUAUUCUCUAUCUCAGAAUUCCUCCGGGCUUUCGAAUAAUUUUGCGUGGUAAAGAUGUUGAGCAUCACAAUAUUGUGAACGAUAUGAUGAUGUCUCAGGAAAUUACUUAUCGUCCUCAACCCUCUACUACUGAAGAGAUUCCAAAAAACUUAAAUAUGGUUGCUACUGUGACUGUUGGCUUUGUUAAGGAUGCAAAAGCUCACAUUGAUGUUCAGGGCUUUAAUGUCUACCACAAAAACCGGCUUAUUAAGCCCUUCUGGAGAGUUUGGCAUCCACCUGGCAGUGAUGGUCGUGGAGUUAUAGGUGUGCUUGAAGCAGAUUUUGUUGAACCAGCUCAUGAUAAGCAGGGUUUUGAGCGGACUACAGUUCUUUCUAAACUUGAGGCUCGAUUGAUACAAAUGCAGAAGACAUAUUGGACUACAAACUGUCACAAAAUUGGCUAUGCUCCAAGAGUUAACAAAAAAGUUAAUCAAAGAGAGAUCUCUCCUGAUUCUUUUCCUCGAGGUUCUCGAUCGAAGAUGAGAAAUUUCACUUCAACUGACAAAACACCGGUCAAGUUUGGGGACAAGGGAAGUAACAGUGGGCGUUUGAAUGGCAAGGGUGAUGUCAAGAGAACUACGAAACAACCAAAUCGCACUGAGCAACCCUUGUCUUCUGAUGAGUAUCUAAGUGAUGAUGAUAGGCGGAACACUUCCAGGAAGCAUAAUAAUGGGUCAUCCUCAAAGGAUGUUUUCAGUAAAGACGGGUCACAUAGGCCGUCGGGGUUGAGAAGUCGUAAAGGUGAUGAAGAUUACACACCUGAAAUGCCUUCCCGAACAACCAGAAAUUCAAAGUCACAGGAGAAUGGCCUUAACGAUGCUGGAAAUUCACCAUCAAAUUCAAGUUCCAGUUUAUUGGAUCGGUUGAAAUUAGAGAAUCUCCGGUUAAAAGAGAGAUUGAAAAGGAAAGAAGAGGAGGUUCUAGGUGAUUUGCUGAAUGAUUUGAAUAAAGAAAAAGAAAGAUCCCAGUCUCUCGAAGCUCAGCUACAGGAGGCAGGACAAAAACACGAGGAGCUAGCUAAAGAGCAGGAGAGUUUGAUUGAAAUAUUUUCAGAAGAGAGAGAGCGGCGUGACAUAGAGGAGGAGAAUCUGAGAAGGAGCAUGAAGUGUUUAUCCAUCAGGAAGCAUCAAACACGAUUAAAGAGUUGCUGGCGAAAAUGCGAGUUUUGGAGAGGUCAUGCAACACGAAAUAGGCAUUGCUGAUGUAUCUGUUUUUGGUUUGGUAUAGAGUUGUACAUGGUAGGUCUGUAGUAGCUGAGGCUUCGUUAGUUUGCUGAUUUCUUCCACAAGGUAUCAACUCUUACCCUUUGCUCUCUUCAUCUAGGAAGUUAACCUUUUCUUAGUUGCGACUUGCUAGCUAUGUUCAUGGGUAAUUUUUUUUUUUUUUUUGUAAGAACUCUUCUGUCUAAUCAUUCAAAUUUAGUGGAUUAAAUUCACUUGUUGCUCA